AGUGACGUCACCGGCCAGCCAGCGGGCGCCAUUUUGAAAGUGGAGUCGCCUGCCCCUGCCGCCGCGGCCGCCGUCGCUGUCCUAGCCGCCGCCGCUGUCGCCGCCGCCACUGCCGCUGCUGUCUUCACCGCGGGAGAAGGAGCACGAGACGGGACGCCCCUGAGUGAACGCCAUCAUCCUGCCGACCGCUCCGCCCGGGCCGCUUCCUUUCCGCCCCGGUCCCCGUCCCCUCCCCCCUCAGGUGCCAUCCGCCUCCAUCCGCGCCCUCGAUCCCCCCAUCCCCAGGUGUGGGGGCUGAGCCCCGGUCGCGGAGACCCCGACGAGCCCGGCAGGGUCACCAUUUGCAGCGCGACAUGGCAGGAGCUGGAGGAGGGAAUGAUAUUCAGUGGUGUUUUUCUCAGGUGAAAGGAGCAGUCGAUGAUGACGUAGCAGAAGCAGAUAUAAUUUCUACAGUAGAGUUUAAUCAUUCUGGAGAAUUACUAGCCACAGGAGAUAAAGGUGGGAGAGUUGUCAUCUUUCAACAAGAGCAGGAGCGCCUUUGACCUGAGGAUCUCAAAGUGCUUUAGAAACACUAAUGAAUUAAUCCUCACAACACCCCAGUGAGAACAAAAUCCAGUCUCAUAGCAGAGGAGAAUACAAUGUUUACAGCACCUUCCAGAGCCAUGAGCCAGAAUUUGACUACUUGAAAAGCUUAGAAAUAGAAGAGAAGAUCAACAAAAUUAGGUGGUUACCCCAGAAAAAUGCUGCCCAGUUUUUAUUGUCUACCAACGAUAAAACAAUAAAAUUAUGGAAAAUCAGUGAAAGAGACAAAAGACCAGAAGGCUAUAACUUGAAAGAGGAAGAUGGAAGAUAUAGAGAUCCUACUACAGUCACUACACUACGAGUGCCGGUAUUUAGGCCCAUGGAUCUAAUGGUGGAAGCCAGUCCACGGAGAAUAUUUGCCAACGCUCACACCUACCACAUCAACUCAAUUUCUAUCAAUAGUGAUUAUGAAACCUACUUGUCAGCAGAUGAUUUGCGAAUUAAUCUCUGGCAUCUGGAAAUUACAGACAGGAGUUUUAAUAUUGUGGAUAUCAAGCCUGCCAAUAUGGAAGAGCUCACAGAGGUGAUCACAGCUGCAGAAUUUCAUCCCAACAGCUGUAACACGUUUGUGUACAGCAGCAGUAAAGGAACUAUUCGGUUAUGUGACAUGAGGGCAUCUGCGCUCUGUGACAGACAUUCUAAACUGUUUGAAGAACCUGAAGAUCCCAGCAACAGGUCGUUUUUUUCUGAAAUCAUCUCCUCUAUUUCUGAUGUAAAAUUCAGCCAUAGUGGUCGCUAUAUGAUGACUAGAGACUAUUUGUCAGUCAAAAUUUGGGACCUAAAUAUGGAAAACAGGCCCGUGGAGACAUACCAGGUACAUGAAUACCUCAGAAGUAAACUUUGCUCACUGUAUGAAAAUGACUGCAUAUUUGACAAAUUUGAAUGUUGUUGGAAUGGGUCUGACAGUGUUGUCAUGACUGGAUCCUACAAUAAUUUCUUCAGAAUGUUCGACAGGAACACAAAGCGGGAUAUAACCCUAGAAGCAUCACGAGAAAACAAUAAGCCUCGCACAGUUUUGAAGCCACGCAAAGUCUGUGCAAGCGGCAAGCGAAAGAAAGAUGAAAUAAGUGUUGACAGCCUAGACUUCAACAAGAAAAUCCUUCAUACAGCCUGGCAUCCCAAGGAAAACAUCAUUGCUGUAGCAACUACAAACAAUCUGUAUAUAUUUCAAGACAAAGUGAAUUAGGCUGGCAUUCUCUGCAGAGGAGCCACUUCCUGCUUAGUGAGAUAGUUGAAUCUAGCAUUCAUACCUAUAAGAGAGCGGUCCAUUGUGGCGCCCCUUUCCAGUGUUUGACAGUGUGCCAUUCAACAACACAUUUGAUAGCCACAUGGAGAAAGCCGUGUGGGUGCAUCCCGGGCUGUUUUCCAUGUCUGCUAGCCAUUUAGGGAAGGGAAGGGCACUUUUAAUUUAAUGACUUCUUGCACCAUCUUGCCUGGUGGACUGGACUGGACUGUGUCAGCAUUGAUGUACUUCACUUUUUAUGCCUUCCAUUGUGAUGACGUCAAACACAGUGAACGCCUUCAGUCAUGCUAUGGAAUUUGUGUAUCCUCAUUACUGUAUCAUUUGUGGGGUACACCCCUCCCGUCUUUUUUAAAUUAAAUACAGCUCAUUCUUACUGUGGCUUGUAGCAUUCCUCCUCUCUGGCCUCCUGGACUCUUCCCCUCCAUCUCUUACCCUUGCCCUUUCCACCUUGUCUCGGUGGUGGCGUAUUCAAAAAAGGAAGAACGAAAGCACACAAAAUGGGGUCAGUGAUAAUGGGGGAAUAUGUUGCGAACAAAUGUUUUAAUAACAGUUGGCUGUAAUCACUCCUUGCCAUGUCUGGCACUGAAAAUAAGGAAAAAAAAAACUACUACUGAAUAAAAGUGACAAAGAAUGGAGAAUCUGGUUUUCUUUUUCUUUUUCAUCUACCUCUUUAAACCAAUAUUUUGUGUCAUAUCCUUGGGCGCAAUGAAAUGAAAUGGGUUUCUAUUGUUUCCUUGGUAUUUUUGUGAACUAUUUUUAACAAGUGUUCUUUUCCAUAGAUCCUCAGAGAGGAUCAUGGUUCUGUGCAUCUAUGUGUUAAAUAUAUAUCAUUGUUAAGGGUUCACAGUCUAGAAAUGCUAGAAGGUUCUGAGGUUUUUUUUGUUUUUGUUUUGUUUUGUUUUUGUGUGUCUGUGCUUAAUUUCUCUGUUAACAAAGUUGCUGUCAAUGAGAACCACAGUUGUAGAGCUUCACUCUGAAGUCUUCCAGUGCUUUAUUUCUUUGCCUUAGGAAAUACCAAGUAGACACGUUGACUUCUCUUGAUGUUCAGGCACAGUAGACUGGAAUUUCAUCUAGAAGUAACUUGGUAGAUGAAACCUGAUGCUACACUAAAGAGCUGUUUUGUACUAAUUGCUGUGGAAUCAAUGAAUUGUACUUUGCCAUAGAUACAUCUUUUGUUUUGGUUUUCCAAAGGUAUAUCUGGGACAAGCUUUUAAAGGUACAGUGCUGCAUGGACUGCAACAGCUGCAUAAGCACCCGAUGUGUGUUGACCUACAGUGUCCCAGUGCUGAGGCCCUAGCCAAAGAUGGAGAGUGUCCCAGUUAGCGUGGGAUGGACCUUGGUCAGUCCUGCAGGAAGCUUUAUGGAGAGAGAAUGGACUUUAUUUUUAAAAGAUGAAUGAGCAGGCAUUUAUAUGAGAAUGGUAGUAUAUUUUGAUUGAACAGUAAUAUAACAAUGUUGAAUUUAGAGGACUCUGUGUGCUUAUAUAUUCCCACUGCCUAUUGUUCUUCGGUAAUGAAAAGUGAUUAAACAACACCACAAUUCCCUCUACACUUACACAAAUAUUAUGUCUUGUACAUUAACAUUUUUAGCACACAGGAGAAAUUUUAUGUAAUAAAGUUACUGUAUCUUUUGGAGUUAAAUUUGAA